AUGGCUUCGGAGAAGCGCGACGAGCUGGAAGUCAUUACUUCCAGCAUACCUUCAACUCCGCCCAAUGAGAUCAAUCGCGAAGACAAUGAAUAUAACGCCAAACUCGAGAAGAGAGUGAUGCGAAAAAUAGAUUUCUGGCUCGUUGGGUUUUACUCGCUUGUAUAUAUCUUCCGUGUCAUUGAUUCCAACAACUACUCCAACGCCGCAAUCAUCAACCUAGAAGCCGGCACUGGAAUCAAGAAAGAGCUCAAUUUCAGCGCCGCACAAUGGUCCUGGACACAGUCCAUCUUCUCCUACAGCUACCUCUUUUUCGAGCCCACCAACACCAUUCUUCUCAAACGCGCCACGCCUUCGAGAUGGAUGUUCGUGUUGAUUUUGGGCUGGGGUAUCUGCGCCUGCGCUGCUGGUGCUGCAAAGGACUUUCCGGGGAUGAUGUGUGUACGAUUUGCAAUUGGACUGGCUGAAGCCGGUUUCUAUCCUUCUGUGCUCUACCACAUGGCAUUCUGGUACAAGCCAUCUGAGCUGCGCUGGAGGAUAGCCCUUUUCUACUCUCUCGGUCAAAUAUCUGGCGCAUUGAGUGGGCUGCUAGCAUAUGCCAUCAGCUUUAUGGAUGGGGCCGGUGGUCUUUCAGGCUGGCGAUGGCUGUUUGUCAUCGAAGGCCUUCCGGCAAUCGUGCUAUCUGUGGUAGCUUUAUUCGGUCUUCCGGACUACCCCGAGACCGCCCGAAUGUUGACCGAAGAAGAGAGAACGUUCCUCAAGGGCCGUCUAUCCUCUACAGCACCCUCAGGAAAUGAUAAAAGCUGGAACUGGGGGGACUUCAAAACACUUCUCUCAAGUCCGACCCUGUACACAUUCACAAUCUACUGGAUUGGACAUGGCAUUGGCGGAUUUGGAGUGAAUUACGCUCUACCUACUGUUAUCUAUGAGCUUGGCUUUACCACAACCGCUCUAUCACAGCUGAUGAAUAUUCCUCCAUAUGUCGCAUGCUUUUUCUUCUUGAAUAUUCUCGGGUAUUUACUACACAAAGGAUGGAUCAGACCCUGGACCACCGCUGUUGCGAUCGAAAGCACGACAAUCAUCUGCUAUAUCAUCCUGAUUACAGUCAAGAACUCAGUCGUCAAAUACCUCGCUUUGAUUGUAGCUACCGCUUGUGCGGGAUCUGCAUACCCUGUCAUCUGGCCAGAACGUAUUCGUGCGCUUGAGGGUACAGUGGCCGUGGGUAUGGGUAUUGGGCUGACGAAUGCCAUGGCCCAGUUCAGUGGCAUCGCUGGGCCUCAUAUAUACAGUACGGUGUUUGGACCGACGUAUCGAGUGUCAUAUGUUAUCUGUCUUUGCUUCCUGUGUGCGGCUAUCUCGGGCAUUCUGGCUUCGUGGUGGCUUGUCUGGCGGAAGGAUCGAAAGAACGAAUUAGCCGCUGAGAUUGAAGAAGAUGCAUGA